CUCGUCAGAGUAACGGAAAGAACUGACAUACGGACAAAGCAGACCCAGUUUCGGACUCUUAACUGACGUCGCAGUAAAACAGCACGCACGUCGACAAUGCAUGCAGCAACACUGUGCCCCUGCGCAGUUCGUGCUUUUAAUGCUGCACAGCAACAAGCAAUGCCCCACAGCUGAAUUCUUGCUCUCUGCAGCGGCAACACCGGCGGAACGCCCAUGUACUUGCCUGGACAGACCUGCAGCGAGUGUCCGGCGGGCAGCUCCUGCAACCCAGCCACAGGCCUUUGCAGAGGCGGCGGAUCUGGACCGGCACGACGACCAGUACAACCACCUGUACAACCACCGGUACAACCACCUGUACAACCACCUGUACGACCACCAGUACAACCACCAGUACAACCACCAGUACGACCACCGGUGUCACCACCUAUACAACCAUCGAAUGCAAAGAAGCGUUCGUUCACUACCGGUAGGCAGCAUCAGUAGAGAGAAACCAAAUCGAAUCCUGGACGCCAUGUACCGACCGGAAGCGGCCACUGGUCUCUUCCUGGUCCUCAACGUGAUUUAUUUGGUUCGCCUGGGCCCUGUGGACGCCCUGAUUCAGGCCAGGUGCCGUCCUGAGUACCGGAACCUCCCGAGCGGCGUCACACACACCGCCUGCAAGGGUCCGAACCCUCGCUGCACGCUCGACAGGGCACUCACUGGGUUGAGCCCGCAGGUCAAGCAGCAGGCCCUGCAGGUGCACAACGACUACCGCUCCCAGGUUGCACAGGGCCGACUGCAGCAUUUCCCGCCAGCGAAGAACAUGUACGAACUGGAGUGGGACGACGAGAUGGCCGAGGUCGCGCAGGCUUUUGCCGAACAGUGCGACCACACCAGUCACGACCACCCCGAAGCCCGAACGACAAGUAGGUUCAAAGCUGUGGGACAGUGCUUCGGCUGGGCUGACGAUCCAGUCAAGCAGACUGUCACGGAGGGCAAGACGUGGGCCGACGACUGGUUUAUUGAAUACCGCGACUACAACCCGAACAGGGUCGCUUCCUUCGAUACCAGUGACUCCAGGGGUGUCGUAACUCAUUUUACGCAGAUGAUAUGGGCAGAAACACGGUACAUCGGCUGCGGAUUCAGCAACUUCUACCAGGGCAACCGAUAUACAAGAAUCUUCGUUUGCAACUAUGCGCCAGCUGGCAACACCGGGAGAGAGCCCAUAUACUUGCCUGGGCCGACCUGCAGCGAGUGUCCGGCUGGGAGCUUCUGCAAUCCAGCCACAGGCCUUUGCAGAGGUGGUAGAUCUGGACCAGCACGACCACCAGUGCCACCACCGGUGCCACCACCGGUACGACCACGACCACCUAUACAACCACCGGUACAGCCGCCACCACCCCCAGUACAACCACCGGUACGACCACGACCACCUAUACAACCACCGGUACAGCCGCCACCACCCCCAGUACAACCACCGGUACGACCACGACCACCUAUACAACCACCGGUACAGCCGCCACCACCACCAGUACAACCACCGGUACGACCACCACCUCCAGUGCAACCACCGGUGCCACCACCAGGACGACCAGGACGACCAGGACGACCAGGAAGACCAGGACGACCAGGACGACCACGACGACCACCUAAGCAACCACCGGUGCCACCACCGGUACGACCACCACCUCCUGUGCAACCGCCGGUACGGCCGCCACCGCCACCAGUACAACCUCCCGAGGGCUUUCCUGACAGGAAAGGGACUCCGGAUCCAAAAAGCGCUGGCAGUGAUACAACAUCCAUCCCUCCUGGUGAAACCAGAGGUGGAGGAAGUGGAGGAGGAAGUGGAGGAGGAGAAGGAGGCGGCGGCGAGCCAGCCGGCUCGGACGGUGCCGCCGACGACGACGGAACUGCGGGCAUGGGAUUCACACUAUGGGCCGCUGGCGCCUUGUUCGCCUCAUUCCUUUUGGGCGCCUGCGUCGGCGGCAGCCUCGCCGCUCUGCGCACAGACAGCGGAGGCGACUACGGCGGUGGCGCCACAGCCGACCCGAACGUGGGCACCACCUCGACCGCGAGCUCUAUGAGCACCGCCUUCGGCUAGUGCGGCGACGUCCAGCGGAGAGCACACGGAACUGUCGUAGCCGAUAACUGUCUCAGUUUCUCUAUGCGUGCUUAGUAGAUUGUGCGUGCAAGUAUAAGAAUGCGUGCAUGCUUGUUUGUUUCAAAAGCCGUACAUAAUGCGAACCAGACGGGAGUUUCUUGCGCCCUCGGCCCCCCGUUCGUGCAUCAUCUGGCACAGCGCACUGCCGCCGUCCGGAACUCCUCUCGACAGAUCCGUGCUCGUCACCUGGGCGCCUCAUAAUAAAUGUUGCGAGCUCCUAUUUGUGUACAUGUGCGCGCGCAUAUGUCCAUACGACAAAAAAACGGGCGGCCAUGUUCGCCAGCCAGAAAACUUUAGUGGAAGUAGAAACACGGAAAUCCGCAGACGACAGAUGAAGACCUGUGUUUCGUCACGCGAGAGAAAUGUUAAGGGCCAUUGUUGGCAGCACAAUUUAGUACCACUCCGGCAAGCUAGAAAUGAAUGACUGCGUCUUCGUCCAAAACUACCUUUACUCUAACAAGCGAAGAAUUCUUGAGAAGGCUCGUGCAGAGACCUUAGACGACGUAGUUUGCUUACAGAGUCCUGCUGCGAAGGAGGGAUGGUGAACAGACCGCCGUUAACAAGCUCAAGCAGUGCAACUAGGCGUUAUCGGCUUGACGUUGGU